AUGGCGCCACCGGCCAAAGGCGCUGCGCUGCAUUGCCGGGCCAACCUCGGCAGCCGCUGCUCGUGCAGGGUCCAGGCGGCGAUGGGCCGUGGCUGCAGCGAAAAAACACCCGGCAAAAAACCGCUCCUAUCGAUCCGUCGAGGACACAGAGCCGCCGUCCUCUCGUGCGAUCUCGCUGCCGUCGCCCUCCGAUCCGUUCCUCCUCGUUUCCCGAGGAUACGCAGCUGGAUCCGCCGAUGCCGAUCCAGGCAGACGCGGCCGUCGUGGAUCACGAGGACACCGCCACCACCGGCGCCUCAGAUACGUCGCCUGUUGCGGAUUAGGAUCCCCAGGACGCUGACGCCACCGCGGAUCCACUGCCACACACAGCUCGGGCCCGAGCCGCGAUGGGCUCAGCUUCUGUUGCACGUCUGCCUCCGCUGUUCGUCCAUGGCGGCUGCAUCGGCCGCCUGCGUCGUCGGCAUCCAUCGCCGACUGUCAGGUUUCUGCUGGAGCCCCACCACUAAUGGUGCACAAAGAAUUACUACACCUAUUCGGGUCACUCUGACAACGGGCGAAAAGCGGUCCCUGGAGCUUCAGCACAAGGGUCAGGCUUUCCAGGGAGAAAAGAGGGCAGCACUGUUUUUCUUCAAAUGAUACUCUUUGUAGUGUGUCUCUUCCAAGACAGGAACUGAGUAUUUCUAUAGUAUUUUUAUUUACAAUUAAUUAGCUACAAUCAAGGCAUCAUGCGAGGACCGAGCUCCUUGAGAAGUUGUUUUCAUGAUUAUGUGUUAUUAUGCAAACUUUCUCUCAAUUCAUAAAUGAAAUGAAGCACAACUAAGGAAAAA